UUGUGGGUUUACCAAUUGACAAAUUGCAAGUGAUCUCAUUUCGAAGUUUCAUAAGGGAUUUGUUAUACCACAAGUGAAAAGUUGUCAACUGUUGUGUUGAAGGUGAUUGUGUGGAUUUGAAAAGACAGCACAAAGACUAAAUUCGUUUUAUGAUUUUCAUUUAAUCGAUUACUCAAACAAGAAAUAAUUAUUCAUAAGAAAAAUAAAUCUAAAAUAAUAAAUUCUGUUUAAUUCCUUUUUGCACUUAUCUACAGUGUACCUUUCUGUUGAGAGCUGUCAGGGAGUGGGGGAGUCUCACUUACUUUAUUAGAUCUGGGAAGGGAGGAGCAUAUCACACUGUACUCUCAUGUAUGCAAUUUCACUUCAGGAAGCCACCGUGUAACGUUACCAUACCUGAAGCCUACCCUUGUCAAUCAGUAGUGUUCCAACACAAUAAGUGAGAGUUUCUGGACAUUAUGCCAACUGAAGAAGUCUGUGACAGUGUUUCAGCAGAGGAUGAUGCUAAGAAGGGGCCUGAUGUUCCUUUCCUUUUAGAAGAGCGUGUAAAAGAGAAAGUGUCCUGGAAGGACGUGUUGAGAAAGAAGGUGGGAAAAAAGUGUUCCUGCAGUUCUGCUCGAAUCAAAGCCCUUCUCGUAGACUCCAUUCCAAUCGUGAAAUGGCUGCCAAGAUAUCAAUUCAAAGACUGGAUAAUUGGGGAUGCCAUGUCUGGCCUUAUCGUGGGCAUCCUCUUGGUUCCCCAGUCCAUUGCCUAUUCUUUACUGGCAGAACAAGACCCUAUUUAUGGGCUCUAUACAUCUUUCUUUGCCAGCAUCAUCUACACCCUACUGGGAACUUCCAGGCACAUCUCUGUGGGUAUGUUUGGGGUAUUGUGUCUUCUGGUGGGACAGGUUGUGGACAGGGAACUUACUCUGGCAGGAUAUCCAUCGGACACCAAUCAGACCACAUUGGGAAAUGUGGACAACAGCACUGGUCCAGUCUGUGACCGAAGCUGCUAUGCAGUCAUGGUGGCAGCAACACUAACUUUCACAGCAGGGGUCUACCAGGUGUUGAUGGGUCUCCUACAGGUUGGCUUUGUCUCCGUCUACCUCUCGGACUCUCUGUUGAGCGGUUUCGCAACUGGUGCCUCUCUCACCAUCCUCACAUCCCAGAUAAAGUACUUUCUGGGCCUCCACCUUCCUCGUGUCCAAGGCUGGGGUUCGCUCAUAAAAACCUGGAUCAGUCUUUUCAAGAAUCUGGGUCAUACCAACCUCUGUGACCUCGUAACCAGCGUGCUCUGUUUGCUUGUGCUUGUACCCACCAAAGAGCUCAACGAUCGCUUCAAGGCCAAGCUCAAGGCCCCUAUUCCCUUUGAACUCUUUGUGGUCAUCGCUGCUACUCUAGCUUCCCACUUUGGACUGUUCGAGGAAACUUAUGGCUCAGAUGUAGCCGGCAACAUUCCCACAGGCUUCAUGCCACCACAACUUCCCAACUGGUCUCUCAUACCCAAUAUUGCCGUUGACGCAUUCUCAAUCGCCAUUGUUGGUUUCGCCAUUACUGUGUCUCUGUCUGAGAUGUUUGCCAAGAAGCAUGGUUAUAUGGUGGACCCUAACCAGGAGAUGUAUGCUAUUGGUUUCUGUAAUAUCAUUCCUUCCUUCUUCCGCUGUUUCACGACCAGUGCCGCUUUGACCAAGACUCUUGUGAAGGAGUCGACGGGAUGCCAGACUCAGCUCUCGGGGUUGGUGACCGCUCUUGUGCUGCUACUCGUCCUGCUUGUUAUAGCACCUGCCUUCUACUCAUUGCAGAAAUGUGUUCUGGCCGUCAUCAUAGUCGUCAACCUCCGUGGAGCACUGCGAAAGUUUGGGGACAUUCCCCAAAUGUGGCGCGUCAACCAUGUGGACACUAUCAUCUGGCUGAUUACUAUGGCUACAUCAGCGCUAGUGAACACUGAGCUAGGUCUACUAGUUGGAGUCCUGGUCUCUGCGUUCUGUGUGCUAGGCCGAACUCAGUCCGCCCAAGUCCGUCAGCUAGGCCAAGCAGGGGACCGCGAGCUCUUUGAGGACCUUGUGUCCUCCUACAAGGGUCUCCAGAACCAGCCAGGGGUGGCUGUUUUCCGAUACGAGGCUCCCAUCUACUAUGCCAACCAAGCUCUCUUUAAGAAGUCACUGUACCGCAGUGUGGGUCUGGAUCCGCUUAAAGAGAAGGCCAGGCGCAGGAAACUAGACAAGCAGAGGAAUCAGAAACAAGGUGGAGAAGACCAAAAGCAAGAGAUGGACGUGUCCACCAAUAUGUAUCUGCUACAGUACAACAGUUUGCACACAUUGGUCAUAGACUGCAGUCCAGUGCUGUUUCUGGACACUGCUGGGGUCAAUGCUUUGAAAGAGGUAUGCAAGGACUACAAGGGGCUGGGAGUCGAUGUGCUUUUGGUGCAAUGCAACCCCUCCGUCAUUGAUUCUUUGCGGAGGGGAGGGUAUUAUGACCCAAAGAAAGGGACCAAAGAUAUACAGUUCCACACUCUUAGUGAUGCCGUCUCUUAUGCACAAAGCUUGAAGUCACAAAAUGGCGAUUGUGACACUGUUGUGUAACAAUUUGUAAUGUAUUGAUCUGAAGUUGUCUUUGCAUUUAAUAUUUGUCUGUUUUGGCAAUUCAGAAUUAUAUGAUCGUUUAUAUAAGCUCAUGUCAUUCAAAAUUUGUAUCACUUUUUUAUAUACAAAAAAAAGAUAUCUAGAAUGUUUAUGCACCGAAAGUGUUUUUUUUCUAUGCAAUUAA